AUGCCCCAUUUGCCCUCAAGGUUGAAAUUUUACGAUUCUCUGGAUUUAAGUUAUAAUAGUCUUUCGGGUCCAAUUCCAUUAUCAGUUUUUCAAUGCUCAAGAGAAUUGAUACUCUCCAAAAACCUGUUGUCGGGAUCCAUUUUCGACAUAUGCACAAUUUCUGAGGACUUCCAAAUCGGAAACCUUAUUCUCUCGAAUAACCAAUUAGACGGUGAGCUUCCUGAUUGCUGGAUGAAGUUACCUGGCCUGGGAGUUCUCAAUUUGGCAAAUAAUAGGUUUAUAGGUAAACUUCCUCCCACUUUAGGCACAUUGAAGUCGCUUACGAUAUUGCAUUUGGGCAACAAUAAUUUCACUGGUGAAUUGCCUUCCUCUUUGAAGAAUUGCACAAUGUUGAGAAAGUUUGAUGUGGGAGGAAACAGGUUAACAGGAACAAUUCCAGCAUGGAUUGGAACACACCUAACAAGUUUGGCAGUUCUUAGCCUUCGAUUUAAUAAUUUUCAUGGAUCCAUUCCUCCAACAAUUUGCUACCUCACAGAUAUUCUCGUGUUGGACCUUUCUACAAACAACAUUUUGGGAGAAAUUCCACAUUGCAUAAACAAUUUUACUUCUUUGGUUCAGCAAGAUGGUUCAACUAUUCACAAACUGUCGAAUUACAGGGAACCAACAGAUGAAGAUGACAAUGCUUUGGUUCUAUGGAAAGGACAAGAAUCAGAGUAUAAAAGACUAAGAAAUUUGAAAGGCAUUGAUCUUUCUAGCAAUAAGUUAGUUGGAACUAUUCCUCAAGCAUUUUCUGAUUUGAGAGGUUUAGUUUUCAUCAACUUAUCAAGAAACCAUUUAACAGGGAAUAUCAUUUCAAGCAUUGGUCAAUUGAAGACAUUGGAAUGGCUUGACCUAUCUAGGAACCAACUUUCUGGGGAGAUUCCGAAUGGCCUUGCAAAUUUACAUUUUCUGAGUGUUUUGGACUUAUCAUACAAUAAUUUGACGGGGAAGAUUCCACUAAGCACUCAACUACAAAGCUUUGACUCAUCUACGUACACUGGAAACAACCAACUCUGUGGGGAUCCAUUGGCGAAGUGUCCUCAUGACCCUUCUACGAUUGAUCAUGGCAAG